UCCAAAGCUAAUAAAUAGCUCCCAUAAAUUAAGUUAUAUGUAUUAUCUUAAUAUCGAUUUUGUGUACUGUUUACUUAAGUAAUAAACUGCUGUAUUAACAUAAUAAAACGCAGAUCCGUAGGCGAAUGUUAUGAUAGUUUUAAUCAACUACAAUACAAGCUCAUUUCGAAGUAUUUGCAACCUAAGAGAAAGCAGCUGUUUUAUCCUGCCAAUCGAUAUUCGGGACCGCGUUUGUGCAGGACUACGGUCCUGCUCCUCACUUCUCAUUGGUUUCUGAGUCCCGUCCAAAGAAGAUCGAGUCAGUGCUGAUGACACGCAACGCUCCGUGUUAGACCAUUACCGAAAUGGAAAACAUUUACCAGCGCUUCAAAAAGAGUAUGGUUUACCCGGAACGAAUAUCUUUGAAGCAGGUGGGUGGAAAGCCUCUGGCCGCUUCGAAAAGUUCUUGGUGCACUGAACCACUGGAUAGCAAUAAUAUCACAAGAUGUGAUGACACGAAUAAUAUUCAGCAAAGCGUCAGAUCUCAUUGUACGGAAAAUAGGUCCGCUAGUGACAAUAGUGAUAGGAUAAACUCUGGAUCGUCAGGAUCUUCAAAUAACACAAAUGAGCAAUUCAUACAGGACCGAAUAAGACACCUUGUAUACGCGUUUUCGUCCCGUGCUCAAGCUGCGAGAGAAAAAAUAGAUGCUCCGGCAACUCCGUCGUCAAUAAGCAGCAGAGAAACUGUUGACCAAACCCCUCUAAAACCAAAGCUGAGCAUAUCUUUCUCCGACAAAUAUGUCGAAGAGGAAGACACCAUAUUCAAAACAAACCGGGGACUUGUAAGUAGGAUAAAGGGCAAAAUCAUAGACCCGAACUCCAAAACCUACAUCACGUGGAUGUCGUUGGCCGCCAUGGCCGUUUUGUACAACGCAUGGGUCAUUCCGCUGAGAAGUACGUUCCCCACUCAGACCAAAGAUAAUAGAGCGGUUUGGAUGGCAUUCGAUUACAUAGGCGACUUUGUUUACGUAGUGGAUAUGAUUUUAAUACAGCCGAGGGUUAAAUAUUUACACGAAGGGUUCUGGGUGACUGAUGUGAAGUUGCUUAGCAGGAACUAUGUUAAGAAUAAACAUUUCAAGUUGGAUUUGAUAUCGCUGCUCCCCCUGGACCUACUGUACUUUUUACUGGGUCCAGACUUCGUGAUACUCCGCGUACCAAGAUUCUUCAAAAUGCACACGUUUUGGGAGUUUUUCAGUUUUGUGGACAAACUCUUAGCGAAUCCAUAUCUGAUCAGAAUUACUAGAACACUAAUGUACAUGAUGUACUUGAUACACUUGAACGCUUGCGCCUACUACGCCUUUUCCGCUUGGGAAGGCAUAGGGAAGAAUAAUUUCGUCUUCAGCGGAAAUGGUAGCGCCUACAUAAAGUGUUUUUAUUUUGCCACGAAAACCGCUACAAGCAUCGGGAAGAAUCCGAAACCGACUCAAGAAACCGAGUACAUGUUCAUGACGUUUUCUUGGCUGAUGGGGGUUUUCGUUUUCGCCCUGUUAAUCGGCCAAAUAAGGGAUAUUUUUUCUACAGCUCAGAGAAGCAAAACGGAGUACAGGAAACUUGUUGAUGAAACUUUGGAGUACAUGAGGAGACUAAAUCUGCCGCAAGAUAUGCAGAGGAGGGUCCAACUGUGGUUCAACUAUACUUGGGAAACGCAACAUACACUCGAUGAAAACACCAUAAUGGAUUGUUUACCCCAUAAAAUGAAGACAGACAUUGCCAUAAAUGUACAUAUACAAACUUUAAGUAAAGUAAAACUAUUUGCAGAUUGCGAUGAAGCCCUGUUGAGGGAAUUAGUUUUGCAGCUCAAGUCAGUUAUAUAUUUACCAGGAGACAUAGUAUGUAAAAAGGGGGACGUUGGGAAAGAAAUGUACAUAAUACAGUCCGGUAAAGUCCAGGUUAUAGGUACUAGAAACGAUGAAGUCCUGGCUACACUGUCUGAAGGAUCCGUUUUUGGAGAAAUAAGUCUAUUGGGUAUACAAGGAAUGAAUAGAAGAACUGCGGACGUCAGGUCUCAAGGCUACUCGAACCUCUUCGUGCUGAGCAAGGCGGACCUGAACGCAGCCCUAUCGCACUACCCGGAAGCUCAAGAUUUGCUCAACAAAAAAGCCAAACAGCUCAUGAAAAAGAACGCCGCGCUCGAGCGAAAGCACAACGCAAUGAUAAUAAUCAACAACCCCACGUCGCCCGAGAAGCAUUCCCGUCUGCUGGACACGGUUCUGCGCAUCUUGCCGCCCGAAUCCAAGUCCAACAGGUUGCUGCGGUACGGGAGCAAGAUGAAGCCCAGAGGAAAUCCGGAAUACGACGUUUUCAAGUACAGGAACAGUUUGCCGACGAUAAGGAGGACUUUCACAAACGAGGAGAACCGAAGUUCGUUCGAGACCAAGGCUACGGUGCAUAGGACUUUGAGUUAAGUAUCUGUGAAUGGAUACUGCUUAAAAAAUUUGAAGAUAUUUUUGAUAAAUAUGGUGGUUCCAGUAAAAAGGUAAACAAUUAUUUGUUUUUGUUUUUUUUAUUUUUAUUUUCCGGGAUUUUUUUAUGAUAAUAAAUAUUAUUUUCAGGGUAUACCAACAAAAAUACGACUUUUUCACAAAUGUCAUUGUAAAGAGCGC